AUGGACGAAAAAGACGUUCGAAAAUACGUUGUCACCCAGCCGCAUAGGUUUGUAAGAUACUAUCUCAUUUCCAAGUCUCUCAAAAAAUAACUGUUAUCGAUUUCUCAGUGCGAGCAGGGAUGAAAGAGUUCAUCUUUCGAUGCUGGUUCGCUACGCGACUUUUUGCGACUACUUCCUGCUCAUUUUCGGAGUGGUUUUCGCCGUGGCGCAAGGGUCCUGCGGCGCCGUUUCUUCGGUUAUUUUCCGACACCUCACCGACGCUCUCAUCAUUGGAGAAGUCGAGUGGAAUCUCGGCGUUUUCGACAAAUUCGAGUUCGAGCAGCUUUCUCUAAACGCCAUCAACAAAUACGUCUUCUUUGGUAUUCUAGUUUUCACUCUUGGCUUUUUGUCGGUGAGAAAAAGUAGCGACACCAAAAUGUUCGAGAAAAACUCCAGAUGUGUUGUUGGCACACCUUUUGCGAGCGGCAGAUCCAUCGACUUCGACUUGCUUACUUCCGAGCGCUUUUGAAGUAAGACAUUUCUUAAACUCAGGAGCAGCUCCAACAGGCCAAAAUACUUGAAAGCCACAGUUUUCAAAAAAAAAUAAUUUUGAAAUCGUAUAAAAUGUUCUGUUCGAAAAAAGAAAAAAAAAACUCUUGAUUUUCAUAAUUUGCAGACAAGACGGGGAAUGGUUCGACAGACAUGACGUCGGCGAGUUGACAACUCGAAUGAGCGAGUGAGUUCAUUGGAGCGCAUUUUCCUCAUGUCAAAGUUGCAGCGGCAUGGACCGAAUCCGAGACGGAAUGGGCGACAAAUUAGGAGCGAUGGUUUCUUUUUCGGCGGCUUUCGUCUCUGGAAUGGCCGUCGCCUUCUACUACUGCUGGCAAAUGACCGCCGUCAUGCUCAGUUUCACUCCCCUCUUCUUCGGUCCAAUCACCGUCGCCUACAAGGCAAAUCAACAGCUCUUCGAACUCAACAUCUUCCGAGACUUCAGCUCAUGUCUGUGGUCGUUCCACGCGAGAUGCGGGCUUAUUCAGACGCCGGAAGCACGGCCGAAGAGGUCAUUCAUGGGAUUCGGACUGUUAUCGCCUUCAACGCUCAGAAAAAAGAAGUCGAAAGGUUGGAAAACUUUCUAUUCGUUCAUCUUCCAUUUGGCUUCAAUGUGACCAAUGCCAGUCCUCUUCGUGUCCAACUCUCUUUUUCUGAUGCGCUCCGAGAAAUAUCAAUUACUAUAGAUCAGCUGCGGAGUCAAAUAUGAUUAUUUUUCCGUUUCAAUAUUCUUUUUUUUCUACCAACUACCUUUCAAAAAUUUUCUUUUGGUGUUCAACGUGAUUCCGCGAAUGACCGUCAGAGAAAGAAAAAGAUAACUGAACUCUGUAGGGUCGGAGAAAGGUUCGCAUUUCGCGGGAAUUACUUUGAACGCGGCAUUACACUCCACAAGUUUCGAUUCAGGUAUUCAUCUCACCUUGCCCGUGGAAAACAUUAUGGGUUCCGUCGCGCUCUUCUCACCACCUUCGGCAUCGCUUUUUUAGUACUUGCAUUGUUUGUUUCGAUGGCCGUUUCCUUCUGGUGAGCCGGCGGUGUUUUGCAUUUGAUAUUGUUCUUCAGGUAUGGGACUCAUCUGGUGAUUUCUGGAACGAUCACUCCAGGAACGACCUUCGCUGUCUUUUGGGCGGUUACCUCGGCUGUAUUCGCAAUAUGUAGGGGAAUCAGUUAACUCGUUCUAUCAUUUGGCUUUUCAGCUCAAGCAGCUCCUCAAAUCCCGGCUUUUGUGGCCUGUAGAGCUGCUGCAGCGCCCAUUUUUGCCGUCAUUGAUAGAGUGUUUCUUUAUUUUGAAAAGUUCCACAGUUUUGAUUUAAGGAACCCCCAAUAGACAGCUCCUCACCUAGUGGGAAGGUCAUAAGGAACAUUUUCGGCUCUAUACGAUUUGACAACAUAAGAUUCAGAUAUCCAACAAGGAAGGAGGUCUGACCUGCUUGUGUAGUUCCUCCCACGCAAGUAGUUCAGGUGGAGGUCCUUCGGGGAGUUUCGCUUCACGUUCGUUGUGGUGAAAGCAUCGCGUUAGUAGGAGCCAGUGGAUGUGGGAAGAGCACUUUGGCCUCGUUGUUGAUGCGUUUCUACGACCUCGACAAGGAAGGCGGCGAGGUUUUCGGAAUUUGCGGCUUUGUUCUGGAUUUUUCUCGGUAGAUAACUAUCGAUGGAGUGAGAAUAGACGAGCUCAACGUCCACCAUUUGCGGAGCAUCGUAGGAAUCGUAUCACAGGAACCACUUCUCUUUGCGGACACGGUUUGAUCUGUUCAUGCUGGAUCGAGUUAUUGGUUCGCAGGUGGAGAACAACAUCCGUUUGGGGGAGCCUGGAAUCUCCGAAGAUGAACUUCAAGACUGUUGUCGCACUGCAAACGCCCACGAUUUCAUCCAACAACUUCCGCAGGUCUUUUCGAGCUAUGAACAGUCGAGAACAAGUGUUCGUAGGGGUACAAGACGUUCAUCGGAGACGGCGGAGUCCAGUUAUCCGGAGGACAGAGACAACGUCUUGCCAUCGCCAGGACACUGGCCAGAAGACCUGCGAUCCUGAUCUUGGACGAGGCGACGAGCGCCCUCGACAGCGAAAGCGAAGCUCUCGUCCAAUCUGCCUUAGACAACGUGAGCCUGAAACAAGGCUGCUGACCAUUUUGAUAGGCGAAACAAGGGCGAACGACGAUUACCAUAGCACACAGACUGUCGACCAUCCGCAAUUGCGACAGAAUCUACGUCUUUGACCAGGGUUCGAUUGUGGAGAUUGGUAGGAGAAAGACCGAAAAUGUAUCCCGAAAGCUCUCAGGCAGCCACGACCAACUCAUUUCGAUGGAUGGAAUCUACGCUCAGUUGGUUGCCUCGCAAGCCGGUGACGACACCCACAAGCCGUUCAAGACGGAAGGUAGUCACGAGUGAAGAGCCUGUUUGAAAGUCGAUUCAAGAAGAAUCCCACGCCAGAAGUCCCUCCGCAGACAGAGGAACUCUGCGCAAGAAGAUCAGCAAACGGCUUUCCCGCGCCUUUUCCUUGACGGCUGAACGACUCGACGCCGAGCUUGAGGCUUUGCAGGUUUUUCUUCUCAGAUUAAUCACUUUUGUUUUCGAAAAUGAAGAAAAAAAAAGAAAUAGCGCAAAGACUGACUUUAAAUUUUAACUUUCGCCCUAAGUUUCUCUGGAAAUAUCCAAUCAAGAAUGGCUAGAAAAUAAUUUUAACAAAAGAAGCUCAAAAAUAUAUAUUAUUAAUUCCUGGCGGUAUCCAACCCAGAAAUCGUUGUUGAAAAAGCAAAAAAACCUAAUUUUUUUCUACUUAUGAAAUUCAGAUUUCCGCAUUGGUGAUUUUUUUCUUCUUCUCUGUUGAAAAUCUAUGUAUUGAGGAAUCAAAAAAACAUUUGAAAAAAGUCCUUUUAAUGAAAUUUUAAGCACGAAGCAGCCGAAGAAUCUGCGGAGGAAAGCGGUUUGCUUGAAAUCAUGCACUACGCCAAGCCGGAGUGGAAAUACAUGCUUUUCGCCUUGAUUCUGUCCAUUUUACGCGGCCUGACCUUUCCGAUCUUCUCAGUUCUCUAUGGCCGUAUGUUUAGGGUGAGCCUUUCAUAUAAACCGUAAAAGUCCGACAAAUCAAGACUCUGUCUUCCGGCACGAACGUCGAAAAAAUGGCCAGCGCCAAGAAAAAUGCCUUGUUCUUCACACUUCUGGGAAUCGAGUCAGGAGCAGUGACGAUGGGAGCAGGUCUGACAAAGAUCUUCCUUUGAAAAUCAGAUCUCAGGAGCUCUUCUCGGAUUGGUCGGCGAGCGUCUGACAAACAGGAUGCGCCUCGAUUUAUUUUCUCACAUUUUGAGGCAGGUUAGACUUUAGAAUUUUGUUUAGGUUUUUAGAUUAUUUGAAAAAAAUAUGAGAAAUUAGGUUCGCAGUUAUCUUGAGAUGAAGUCUGACUUUUAAUGGUAGCUAAGGCAAACAGAAAAAGCCCUUUUUUGAAACAAGGCUCACGUUUUUUCUCGCUUGCUUUUAAUGUGAUGAAAUUAACCAGGAUGGUGAGUAUUUCGAUCGUCCAGAACACGCCACAGGACGUCUGACCACCAGACUCGCCACAGACGCUCCGAACAUCCGCGCGGUCCAUCGAUGAGAGUCUUUUUUGAAGGAUUCUUAGAAUUUCAGGCCAUCGACCAGAGACUGGCAGACGUCGUCCAAGGCUUCUCAGCCAUCGUCGGCGGUGUCGUCAUAGCUUUUUCCUACGGACCUGCAAUGGCUCCGAUCGGACUUCUCACUUCGGGGGUUCAUUGCUUCAAGGUUCUAACUGGUCUCGGUUCGAGUUCAGACACUUAUUUCUCUGCAAGCUCUCGUGGGACAAUAUUUGAAACGGCGAGGCCAGAAAGAUGCCAUCAAAGCAGAGGAACCAUCGAGGGUAGCUUUUAUCUUUCGAGUUUUCGUUAAAGACUCUCUCAGUUAGCCACGGAGGCGAUAGAACAGCUGCGGACAGUUCAAUGUUUGACUCGGGAAGAGCAGGUGAGCUGAAAAUCCAUAGGCUCGAAUUGUUUUCUGAAGUUUGUCAGAAAGUUCGAAGAAGGCAUGACGGAUACACAUCGGCGGUCUCUGCAGCGAGGCAUCGUCCAGUCCCUGACCUACGCUCUUUCCGUCUCCUACCUCUUCUUCAACUUUGCCGCCGCCUACCGCUACGGCGUCGUCUUGGCUCUCCGUGGGGUCACGUCUCCAUUCAUCAUCUUCCAGUCAGCCCCUUUUUGAAGUCUUCUAAAUAGUCCGUAGGGUCAUCGAAGCGUUGAACUCGGCGUCGACGUCUCUCGUCGCUCUUGGGACCUUUGUGCCGGAGUACGUCCGCGCGAGAGUCUCCGCUGGUCUCCUUUUCCGGAUGCUACGCGACAAACCACGCAUCGACAGCAACUCGGAGCAAGGAAAGCAGAUCGUUUGUGGGGAAAAGUUCUGCGAGGACGCUUUAGCUCCUUCAGACCCUCAAAGGCGAUAUCGUGAUGAACAACGUCUAUUUUUCCUACCCUGUUUCUCGUAGAAAGAUGGUUCUCAACGGACUUUCGUUGAAAGUGAGAGAAUGGAUUGAGAAGAAGAAGUUCAAUAGGCUGAUUUUAGAUCGUUUCUGGAAAAACAGUCGCUCUGGUUGGUGCUAGCGGUUGUGGGAAAAGCACAGUUGUACAGUUGUUUGAAAGAUACUACGAUCCGAUAGCCGGAUGUGUAGUAAGUUGGUCAAAUAUUGUCCGGUGUUGAACCGAUCUACAGGCCUAUGACGGCGAAGACACGCGCGAAUUGAAUCUCCGACAUCUCCGUUCCCAGAUCUCCAUCGUGGGACAACAGCCGACGUUGUUCAAUUACUCCAUCAGGUUGCAAGGAACUCUUCCGUUCAACCCAAGCAAAAAAAGUUCUCAGAGAAAACAUUGCGUAUGGGCUUGAAGCGGUUUCUGAAGAAGAUAUUAUCGAGGCGGCGAAGUUGGCCAAUGCUCACGAUUUUGUGGUCAAAAUGCCAGAUGUUUUUUCAUUAUAAGAAUGAUGAAAAGUUGGUUUAUCAGGGAUACAACACAGUAGUCGGCGAAGGCGGAAGCAAGCUUUCCGGAGGCCAAAAACAGAGGAUAGCGAUAGCGCGUGCCAUAGUCCGCAAGCCACGGAUUCUUCUGCUGGACGAGGCGACUUCGGCUCUGGACGCCGAAAGUGAAAAGGUCCUUGCAGAGGCUUGGCAAGUCAUGUUCUUCUCUGUUCCAGCUGGUCCAAGAAGCUCUGGAAAAAGCUCGUGCCAAUAGGACUUGCGUGGUCGUUGCACAUCGUCUUUCAACAAUUCGAAGUUGGUUUAACAACAUUUUUUUCUCAAAAAAAUUAUAGAAUAGCUGAGAACAAAAAGUUUGAUGAAGUUUUAUUUUCUAUUUUCGAACUUUACUUACUUUUUAUUUUUUUGAAAACAAAAGUUAAUUCAUAAUGCAACGUGGCAUCUCACUGGUUGAUACAAAACUUAAAUCUGGGAAUUUUUCAGAAAUUUAAUGAAUUUUUUUGAAAGUUUUAUUCGGAGGAAGCCUCAAAAUCAAAGAAAAAUCAUGAGGAUCAUCAAAAUAUAUCUGCUCAUUUUGGGCUCUAUGUUUACGAAAAUCUUUCAGGAAAGAUUUAUUUGAGUCAAUAUUCUGAAAUAUCCGAAGAAAAGGAGCAGAUUAUUUUCUUCGAGAUUUUUCUAAACGCCUUUUCUAACUGAUCUACUGGAAAAAGAUGGAUUUGAAGAUGCGGACACGAUCGUGGUGCUGAAGGAAGGUCGCGUCGGCGAGCAAGGGACGCACUCGCAACUCGUCUCCCUCAAUGGAAUCUACGCACACCUCGUCCAUCUCGCUCCUUGA